AUGGGCAUGACUCUGACCUUUUGCAGAGCACCGACUAUCACAAGACUGAACCUAGUUGAAGGCCAGCAAAUCCUCGUAAAGCAGCGACUCAACCGCCCAGUAACCCCCAACCUUAGCAUCUACAAGACUGAACAGAUUUGGUUCAGCGCUUCAGCCUGGACUAGAAUCACGGGUCUUCUCGUUGGUGGCACGGCGUAUCUCACAUUAGGUGCUCAUGCUAUUGCUCCUUACCUUGGACUGGGCUUUGAUUCCACAGCCCUCGUAUCGGCGUUUGGUGCGUUACCUUUUGUUGCUAAGGCGGCUAUCAAGUUUGGAUUGUUGGGAUUUCCAUUUUCGUAUCACUUCAUCAAUGGAAUUCGGCACUUGGUGUUUGACUUGGGAUUUGGAUACAAAAAGGCCCAGUUUAAGAGGUCAGAAGCCGCUACAUGGACACUAAGCAUAAUCAGUGGCCUUGUACUGGCCUUCUGGCUGUAG